ACCACCAAACAGACAUGAGUAGAAGGUUCCCGAACAGACAUAAACAAUCAAGUUGAUAACAAGAUCAACAGCACUGAAAGGCGAAAAAUGCAGAGGUUAUCCAUUAAAAAACUAUGUAUUUAUCAAUUCAUACGCGACCAGAGCUAUAGACUACAGCAGAGAACGGCAACAUGUGUACAAGGGACCAGACAUCUGUCUAAUGAGCAUCUGGGAAACUCUCGCUGUCUGAGAACUCGGUCUGCACCAAAUGACACAUCUAAGCAUGUGAUCUCGAGGAGUGCCCUGAGUUCAUCAAAGUGGCUUGAUAGCAGACCUGGAGGAGGAGAACAGAGGAGAGUCCUACAUGUUACUUCACCAGUACGUACAGAGGAAAACGCUGUUCAGAUAAGUGAGAUCAGCGAGGCAGCCUAUGAGAAACUGGCAGAUGAGACUCUGGAUUCGUUGGCUGACUACUUUGAGGAUCUGAUGGAUGGACCACUAGCAGGGCCGGAGUUUGAUGUUCUCUUUUCUAGUGGUGUGUUGACAGUGAAGGUGGGCGGAGACCAUGGGACAUACGUCAUCAACAAACAGACUCCCAACAAACAGAUCUGGCUAUCAUCUCCUACCAGUGGUCCGAAGCGUUACGACUGGACAGGAGAGCGUUGGGUCUACUACCACGACGGCAUGGCUCUCCACCAGCUCCUCUCUAGAGAGUUCUCUAUCAUCUACAACAUGAACCUGGACCUGACCACACUAGUACACUCCUGACCUGGGCCACAUCCCAAUUCCCUUUAGAGCCAAAGGUAGUGCACUAUAUAGGAAAUAGGGUACCACCUCCGAUGUUUGUCCCAUCUUGUCCAUUCUCCUACACAGCAUACUACAUCCAUGUACUUAAUCACAGGUCUGGGGAAAAAAAGUUAAACAUCUUGUGUGCCCAGAUUUCAAGUUAGGAUUCAGCUCGGAAACAGAACCAAAUGGAUUUAUGCACCAAUACCACUAAAAUACCAUAACGUUCAUAUAAGUCUGUGAUAUAAUCUAGAGGACAUUAAUUGUAUACAUCGAUGAUAGUGUUUUAUUUGUGUGAAUGUGUAUAUGAAUACACACGUGAACGGAGGUGUCGGUCUUGUCUGUAACUGAAGGAAAAGGAAAACGUUGCAGUUGGUUAUGAUUACGUUCUCGUUACAACUGAAGUUCGUUCCUGAUUACUUCUUCAGGUUUGGAGUUUACCUCCAUUUCUAAACAAGUACCAUUUUAUUGUGAUCAAACAUGUCUAAUUGAGCAGUUAUAACCUGUUAUGAUAAACCUGUUGGGACCUAUUGAGAAACACCAUCAUUAAUGAACAGCUUGUUUCUUUUUCAAAUAAAGAUGGCUAGUUAAACAUGAUAUAGCCAUUGUAAACAACAGACGCAUGCAAUCACUCUUAUUUCAAUGGAAAUUAGUCCAAACCCAGGAUUCAUUAUUCUUUUUCCCUCAAUUUUAUCCAGGAUAAAAAAUGUAAAAAAGAUUUUUGUUUUAAUGGUCGAGCCAAACACAGCUAAAACCAUAGAAAUAUAGAUUCUACAAUGAGGAUCCCAUUCCAGUCAAUGUUCUGUGAUGGAUGGACCGGCGGCCAUGUUGAGUGUUCCCGUGAGUGAUCCUGUCACAUUGCUAUGGUCUGAGGGGCAUUGCUCCAGUCAUUCUACCUCUAUGGCUAAAACAGACGUUAGUGGGCAUCUCUGAUGUCUUAUUUCUCCAAAACUAAAUCUUGUGUUUGAUUCACACAAUAGAGCUGGACUGGUCUGGCCUGGAUAUGUAUCCACCAUAGUUUCUGGAACCAUGCUGGAAAGGACAAUAUGGAAAUAAAAUAUCCAAGCCAGCACACCACUGUUAAGGUCGGUCCUAUAGUGUGCAAUUAGUCCAUGGACAUCAGGCAUCAGGCUGAUCAGUGGUCAGUGUCUCUGUCUGGUGAUGUUCCUAGGCUACAGACUGUUUAGGAGGCAUAGUAGACAGGGAUUACUUUUAGAGAGUAAGAGUUCUUCCUCUGGACUGACUCUGUAUCAGUGGUGGAGCUCUGCUCUUUUCUCAUUCACCUGCUGGGAGAUCUCAGUCCUGAUGGGCCAACGGGCCUGUGCGGAACUGUGGAGAGAAACAUAUUUAUAGUGGAAUGUUCUGGAGGGACAGAUACUGUCAGAACAACAGUCAUACUGUCAGAGAGCUCAGAUUUAAGUACAUCGAUAGGGAGCUAGCUGAGUCAAUGGUUUAUGGUGAGCCAGGAUAAUAUUUCUGCCGUUCUGCAUUGUUUGAAAAGUUAAAUUCGCCUCGGGAAUCGUCUGCGUUCACGGUCAAAUUCUAAUCUGGGAGUUUCUGGUAUGAAUUUGUUGAAAUGUAUGUAUCUUUGUUUUAUAAUUUAAUACCUGUAAAUAAGUUAAAGCCAGUGUUUUCAACAAACACCUGGAAUAGCCAGCCAAAUAGAAAAAGUAGCCCUCCCCGGGCAGGGUUUGAAAAAUGUUGGCGAUCAACCUAUAUUUUGGAGGCCUCUAGUUCAUUCUAAUGCCUUGAUUCCGUCCAAAAUACAAAUGUACCACCCAGAUUGGAAUUAGUUGAUAUUGUGUGUAGAAAGACAUGACUAUACAGUUUUAAUUAGUGAAAAUGUAUAAAUUAAGUUUGUUGUUUUGGAUAUCAUCUAGGCCUAUAUGAUCAGAACUAUUUUCUAAAUACAAUAACAUUAAACCUUUUUAACAUUUAACCUGU